AUGAAAUUGGGUGAAAUUAGUGAAAAUGAUACCUAUCAAGAAUUACUGAAUAAACGGGGAGAUUUUUCCGAUUUUUUUCUACAACACAUACAAGACGGCAGUGAGGAGGUUGAAAAUUUGGAUUAUGUUAUAAUACAUUUGGAGGGUAACUUACAGUCGGAAGAGUUAAAGGAACAGAAAUUUGUAUCAGUUGUCACGAAAAAUCCAUUAGCUAUUUAUACAUCCGCUGCAGUUGCUCAGCGUAAAAUGAUAACACGCUCCAAUUCAUUGCGCUUAGCAAGUACUAACGUAAUUAGCGGAACGGAAUUAAAGUUGUCGGUUUGCAGCGUCAUCAAUCGGCUGAUGCUUCUACGGGAGCCGAGAAAGCAAAGAAAAACAAAAGGUAAAGUCCAUUUGAACAUAAAUAUACAUCCUAUUUUGGUAAAGCAGAAGUGCUUAGAAACAGUGGACAAGGAAAACAUUAAAGACUCAAAAUCUUAUUCGUCUGAAUUAUUAGACGGCGUAAACGAUAUUGAUGAGGAUGACAGUGAAAAUUUGCUCUUAGCGUCUGAAUACGUCAAUGAUAUUUACGAUUAUCUGUUCCAAUUGGAAUUCGAACAACCAAUUGUUAAAAAUCAUUUGGAAGGGCAUGUGGGGGUUAAUGUCAAUAUGCGUCCCGUAUUAAUAGAUGAGAUCAAUGAGGUCCAUUUACAGUUCCGUUUAAUUCCUGAAACUUUCCAAAUGGUUGUCGCAAUAAUAGAACGCUGCUUACAAGCGGUUACAGGUACGAAACGUUCACAAUUGCAAUUAGUUGGUGUAACUGGCUUGUUUGUAGCGGUUAAAUAUGAAGAAUUAUUUCCUCCCCCAAUAGCAAAUUUCGUUUACAUUACCCAUGAGUCUUACACUGACUCUCAGAUACGAAAGAUGGAGUUGAAAAUGAUUGAAACGUAA